CUCAUCUCAUCACUUCAUAAAACAUCCCACACGAGAACUUCUGAGCGUCAGGUUCGACCUCAUUCGACAAGAUGUCAAACGCGGCAGAACAGAUCUUCUUCUACGGACAGGUCACCGAUCCGGCGCACGCCUCAAGCUUCGACGUGCUGACGUACCUCGAUCUGACUAACGGGGGCACCAUACUCUUCCAAGCCAUAAUCCUUAUCACAAUCAUCAUCUGUUUCCUGCCGGACCUGGCGCCCUUGACCCUGACCGGGGUUCAAAGGUUCAUCAUCUCGCCUAUCCGCUCCCUGCUACACGAUAUCCACUGGGCCGUCCAGCAGCUGUCCAACGGCGAGUCUCGCAAGAGCUUCUAUCGUUUAUGUUACGCCAACGCCCAAGACACAAUCCUCAAUUCUAGCCUGGUCCAACUAACCUUCAUCGGAAUCCUUUGGUUCUUUCCAAGCAACCGGCCUUUAAGUACCGCAGGCCGCCUCUGGGCCCUAGCAGCCGGGUCGAAGUGGAUGUACAUCUCUGCUUUGAUACCAGGCCACCAUUAUUUGAACGGCAUAACCGCGGGCUUCAGUCCCAUGGGACGGGACCGCUACGAAGACUGCCUUGCCGACAUGGCGCGCAGUGGGUUACCGGAUCGUUGGACCAACAAGCAAUGGCUGGCGAGCUACCGCUGCUCCGGCGUGGAGACGGGGCUGGAGCUGUACGAAACGAUCAAGGACCGCGCGCAGUGGCUGGUGCCACCUGUGGACAGCGAGGUCCGCCACCUCCGCGUUCUUGCUUUCAUGGCUGUCUUGAUCCCGACCCUGGUUAUAGGGCUGUGGCUCUUUUAUGCUCUCUGCAACAAAGUUGCCGCUCUACGCCGGGGGAUGGUGCUGGCGGCGAACGGCGAGCCCCGGCCCACUGAAUGCGAGGCUUAUCUGUGGAACUUGUCCAAGUCUCUUGAGACUGCGAAUGGGAAACUGCAGCAGUGCAUGGCGACGAGGGAGGCAGAGUUCCAGGCGGAGAAGCAGCGGCUGGAAGAGACCGUCCGUCACCAGACCGACCUCACUUCUCGCAAAAUUCAGAGCGCGCUCCGCCAGGCGAAGGACGCGCACGCGGGCAUCAUCGAUGAGUUGAAGAGGAAGGUCGUCCAGCUGGAGAAUAAUCUCACCAUGGCCAGAGCCGAGGCGCAGUUCGUCGUCGUGGAUGAAGUGGACGCGGCACGGGAGCAAUUCCUGAAAGACCGUAUCGUGCAGCUGGAGAAGCAGCUGGCUGGCGCGAAGAAGAAGAGCAACGCUAGGAGUAAGAAGGAGCUACAGACGGUCAAGGAUGAGCUUCAGACUCGCACUGAUGAGUUGACGACUCUCACUGACAAGCUCUCUGAGGCUGAGACUCGCGUGUCCGCGGCGGAGGAGCGUGGUCGACGUAGUGAAACCCAGCUUCAGGAGCUUAUUAUGAAGAACCAGGAGCUUCUGGCUCAGAACCAGCAGAUCAGCGCAGAGUCGGAGGCUUUCCAGGUCGCACACGAAGCAAGCCUGAAGCAGAGCCUGUCUCUGGAAACCAUGCAGAAGGAGCGUGACGCCGCCAUUGCGAAGAACCAGGAGCUUCUCACUCAGAACCAGAAUAUCAUUGCAGAGUACGAGGCUUUCCGGGCCUCACACGAAGCAAACCCACAGCAUAGCCACGGAGCCAGCGCGCAGCAGAGCAUGCAGGAAGGCGAAGUGGCCUGCAACUUGUCUGUGGCGGAAGCGCGCGCCCAAGCGGAGCAGGCGCGAAGCCAAGCGUUCAUGAUGCAGAAGAAUCUCGACGAGGUCACCGAGGAGAACCGCACCCUCCAGAUUCAGAUCGGACUGGCGAUGAGGGACGCCCAGCGUGGCCAGGAACGGGCCGACACCGCGGAGCGAGUCAACAAGGUCCUCGAGGUGCGUCUGGCCCAAUGGGAGGAGAAAGCUCGCGACGAACAGAUGAUUCUCAAGCGACCGACCGCGAACGUGGGGUCCGUCACGACGGCCCUCCAGCAGUGCCAGGUCAAGGUUUCCGAGCAGCAGACGAGGAUCAACGAGUUGACGGAGAAGCUCGAGAAGGCGAAGGUGGCCAGCCCCGCGGGCAAGGUUGAGGAGAAGCUCCGUGCCGACCUCUCGAUGAUCAAAUCGAUGUACGACCGGGAGAAGCGAGCACGCACGGAGGAUCAGAUCCGCUGGUCCAAGGAGAACCGCGAGUUGGAGGAGGAACUCCGCAAGCUGCGCAUUAGCAUCUCGAAUGCGAAGACCCAGCGUCCCAGACGCAGCCGGGUAGCAGCCGGAGUUGCCUCCGACGCAUGUGACAUUGAUUGA